UUGACAUUCUGUCGUACUUUCAUGUCUAACUAACGGAAUUAAAUUAUUGGAAAUGAUUGCGAUUCUAUUGAUAGGUAGUAAAUAAUUCUAAUAUCCAUAUUAGUAGCAUCUUUUUUUUUUAAACAGAUGAAACUUCGGUCUGAUUUAAAGGUGUGAGAGCCGCCAGCACUGGGACAGUCCAUCUGUGUGUCAGUCUGUGCAGGUGUGUGUCAGUCGACUGGCACAGCUCGGAAUGCAAGAUGCUGUUCUCCCUGGGGAUGCUGAUGCUGUCCGCCACACAGAUCUACACCAUCUUUACCGUGCAGCUCUUUGCCUUCCUCAACCUGCUGCCCGUCGAGGCCGACAUCUCUGCCUAUACAUUUGACAACAAAACGGGAAACUUUGAUGACCUGCCUGCACGGUUUGGGUACCGGUUGCCCAGCGAUGGACUCAAGGGCUUUCUGAUUGGUGCACGGCCCCAAAAUGCCUGCGAACCCAUUGACCCGCCCCCUAUUCGGGACAACCUCACUGGUGCCUUCAUCGUGCUCAUCAAGCGCUUCGACUGCAACUUUGACAUCAAGGUCCUUAACGCCCAGAAGGCCGGGUACAAGGCGGCGAUUGUUCACAACGUGGACUCUGAUGACUUAAUCAGCAUGGGAUCCAAUGAUCUGGAUAUUUUGAAGCAGAUUGACAUUCCAUCAGUGUUUGUGAGCGAAGAGACUGCCGACUCCCUGAAAAAGGACUACGCAUAUGACAAGGGGGGUCAUGUGGUCCUCAUGCCGGACUUCAGCCUGCCUCUGGAAUACUACCUGAUCCCCUUCCUCAUCAUCGUGGGAAUCUGCCUCAUCCUCAUCGUCGUUUUCAUGAUCACCAAGUUUGUCCAGGGCAGACACAGGGCUCGGAGAAGCCGUCUGCGCAAGGACCAGCUGAAGAAACUUCCCAUUCACAAGUACAAUAAAGGGGACGCCUACGAUGUGUGUGCCAUAUGCCUGGAUGAGUACGAGGAGGGAGACAAGCUCCGGGUCCUGCCCUGCUCUCACGCUUACCACAACAAGUGUGUGGACCCCUGGCUGACCAAGACCAGGAAGACGUGUCCUGUGUGCAAGCAGAAGGUGGUCCCCUCUGCAGGCGACUCAGACUCCGAUUCGGAGGAGGGCGACAGCGGGCCCGAUGAGAACGAGGUGUCAGAGAGCACCCCGCUGCUGCGCUCCCUGGCCUCUACCAGCGGCCACUCUUUUGGCACCAUGUCGGGCACCUCACGUUCCGAGCCCGAUCAGGAGUCCUCUGAGUAUGAAGACGACCACCUGGACACCAGCGACGACAGCGAGGUCACCGUGGAGACAGUGGUGCAGCUGCAGGAGCCUCGUCCUGACGACCACGACCCGGUCCGCGCCUGAUUGGUUGGCCUGAGUUGACAGACAGCUGGCCGGUCCCCCGCCCCUCUCUCCCACUCACCCUAUGGGGUUGCAGAGACUCACGCUGGUGGCGUGGU